UAAUGCACGUGAAAGAUGAGCUCUGGGGACAUUUUUAAUGAAGCCCGGAGGCGUUUUUCAGGUCGUCUUGCAGCUCUGCGCUCUCUGGUCCGUCACCUUUGGCUGAUUCUUCUUUUUUCUUUCAUUCCUUCCUACAAACAUUGUCAAGGCAAAAAGGAAAAUAACUCAGGUGCACAGACACGUGUGCAUAUUUACAGCUCGCUAAACGAGCCUCUCCCCCAAAGAAACCUAAACCUUCAUUAAAUCUUUAAGAUGUCUGCAGUUCUCCUGCGUGGCUCUCAGGUAACAGGACCAGUGAGAGUGUUUCAAGGACUCCUUUACCAACUUUGUUCCCUGGAAAAGGAAACCUCGGUCAUUACACCUGGCUAAGUAGCCGCAGCAGAACACCUGGACGCAACCAGGUGUUCUGGGAAUCACCUCCGCCUCGUGGAAACCACGACCCACCCACCCCCACGAAGCGUAAAGAGACGUUUUACUCCACAGAGUCACAAAGCGAAUCGCCCUUUUCUGGUUCCUCCACAACUCGCCCGCACCUGGCCGGGUACACCUGUCGUCACCUGCAGCUGUCGCCGUGGCAACAGGAGCGUUAGAUACCUGAGUUGGCAGGUGGCGGGGAGCCGGGGUCAGAGCAGACGGAGGGUACCGGGAGGGACAGGCGGCUUUUUCCUCUUCCUCCAUCAUGCCGAGAAAAAGCGCCGCUGCUGAGGAAGUUGGGAUAGAUAUAGACGAAGAUGUGAGCGACAGCGAUGACGGGGACAACAGGAGGAGAGCAAACAGGAGGCAGGGAGGUGGACGAGGAGGAGGAAGAGGAGGCGCCAGAGGAAGAGGCCGAGGCAAAAAGGCGGACAGCGAUGAGGAGGAGGAUGACGAAGAUGAGGCUCCCAAGGGACGAGGCAGAGGUGGGAACAGGAGGAGGCCGGCCAAUAAACGGGGCGCUGGUAGAAACAACGAUGAUGACAGCGAAGACGAGGCUCCCAAGAAGAAGAGAGGAGGAGCAGCCAACAGGAGAAAAGGCGGCAAAGCCCAGGAAAGUGAGGAGGACAGCGAAGCUGAGAAGGGAAAGAAGGGAAGGAAAGGAGGAAAGAAAGGGGGGAAGGAGGAGGACAACGGGAAAGGUAAGAAAGGCGACGCCAAAGGAAAGAACAAAGGGAAAGACAAAGAUGACGACAAGGACAAGAAGAAAAAGAAGAAGAAGGAUGACAGCUCUUCAGAUUCCAACUCAAACUCAGACGAGGAGGAGGAGUCCAUGUCGGAGGGGGAGAUGGCCCGGCUGAUGGAGGAGGUGGAGGAGAAGAAGAAACUGAUCGCUAACAUCAGGAACAAGCCCUGGAGGAUGAAGCGGAGGCUCGUUCUCUUGAAGGAAGCACAACAAUUUGUGGAUAAGUUUGAAGGAGCUCUAGGCAAAGGAAAAGGCAGGAAGUGGUAUGCCUACAAAGUGAUGAUGACCAAGAAAUGGAUUAAGUUUCAGAGAGAUUUUGAGAAUUUCAGAACUGCCUGCAUUCCAUGGGAAAGAAAAAUUAAAGAGGUGGAAAGCCACUUUGGAUCAUCCGUUGCUUCUUACUUCAUUUUCCUGCGCUGGAUGUACGGGAUGAAUCUCGUCCUUUUUGGUCUCACCUUUGGACUGGUGGUCAUCCCUGAGGUCCUCAUGGGUCUUCCCUAUGGGUCUAUUCCCAGAAAGACAGUACCAAGAGCAGAGCAGCCCACUGCUCAGGAUUAUUCAGUUCUAAUGGACUUUAAUGGAUACUGUAAAUACUCGGUCCUGUUCUAUGGAUAUUACAACAACCAGAGAACCAUUGGCUUGCUAAAGUUCAGGCUGCCGCUGUCCUACCUCUUGGUGGGGAUCGGGAGCUUUGGGUACAGCCUGAUGCUCGUCAUCCGAACGAUGGCCAAGAACGCUGAUGUUGGUGGAGGAGAUGGAGAGGAAGGGGAGUUCACCUUCGCCUGGAAGAUGUUCACCAGCUGGGAUUACCUGAUCGGCAAUGCAGAAACAGCUGACAACAAGUACGCCUCCAUCACCACCAGCUUUAAGGAGUCCAUCGUAGAUGAGCAAGAGAACCAAAAGGACGAGAACAUCCACCUGCGGAGGUUUCUCAGGGUUUUGGCCAACUUCAUGAUCACCUGUAGUCUAGGCGGGAGUGGGUACCUCAUCUACUUUGUGGUGAAGAGAUCUCAGGAAUUCGCCAACAGGACUGACCUCAGCUGGUAUGAGAAGAAUGAGUUGGAGCUCAUCAUGUCCUUGCUGGGUCUCGUGUGUCCCCCUCUAUUUGAGACCAUUGCCGAACUGGAGGACUACCAUCCCCGAAUCGCCCUCAAGUGGCAGCUGGGACGCAUCUUUGCCCUCUUUCUAGGAAAUCUCUACACCUUCCUGUUUGCCCUGUUUGAUGAGGUCAACACCAAGCUGGACGAAGAAGAGUCCAUCAAGAAUGCCUCUAUAUGGGCCAUGAAGGAGUACUAUGCCAACUACUCACGUCUGCUCAAUGACUCUGAUUCUACUCCGCCUCCCAUGGACCCUGGGGAUGUUAUCAGAGGACCCUGCUGGGAAACUGCUGUCGGCAUUGAGUUCGUGAAGCUGACUGUUUCAGACAUUCAGGUGACCUACCUGACCAUUCUGAUCGGGGACUUCGCCCGAGCUGUUAUUGUUCGUUUCCUCAACUACUGCUGGUGCUGGGACCUGGAAGCUGGAUUUCCAUCUUACGGAGAGUUCGACAUCAGUGGAAAUGUUCUGGGACUGGUCUUCAAUCAAGGGAUGAUCUGGAUGGGAGCGUUUUAUGCCCCUGGGCUGGUUGGCAUCAACGUGCUCCGUCUCCUGAGCUCCAUGUACUAUCAGUGCUGGGCUGUGAUGGCCACUAACGUGCCCCAUGAGAGAGUAUUCAAGGCCUCCAAGUCCAACAACUUCUACAUGGGUCUCCUGCUCCUCAUCCUCUUCCUGAGCCUGUUGCCAGUUGUCUACACCAUCAUGACUCUGCCACCUUCAUUUGACUGUGGCCCUUUUAGUGGGAAGGCGAAGAUGUUUGACGUCAUCAUGGAGACGAUCGACCUGGAUCUGCCAGCCUUCAUGGGGACUCUCUUCAGCUAUGCAGCGAACCCUGGCCUCAUCAUACCAGCUGUGCUGCUCAUGGUGUUGGCCAUCUAUUACCUCAACUCAGUCUCAGAGGCCUAUCAAAACUCAAACAUGGAACUGAAGAAGAAAAUGCAGAUGGCUCGUGACGAAGAGAAGAACCGGAGAAACAACAAAGACAGCACCAACCAGGUCAUGAAAGACCUGGAGGACCUGAUGCCGAACCGAUCCCUCAGUCCUCCUGCCCCACCGGAGCCUGAAAAACCUCCAGAGCCAGAGGCAAAGCCCACUAAGACAAAGCCCGGUUCAGCUGGAAAAGGAGUUAAUUUACAAAAGGAUGUGACUCUAGCUUCUCCCAACCCGAAUGCCAGGGGGCCCAUAGACCGGCCCCCAGGACCAAGAGGGCCCGGGCCAGGACCAAGAGGGCCAGGACCGGGUGCUGGAGGGGGUCGAGGUCGUGGGAGAGGACCCCCUCCAAGAUAAUACUGUGAGGGGGGAAAAACCUGAUCUCUGCAAAAAGAGAUCAAAUUAGACAAAGUAAAUAUGUGUACAUUUAUUAUGUCUUCAAUUAAUAUUUUGAAAUCUGUGUGUAAAUUUGCAACAUUCACUAUUUGAACUGCUUUAUAAGCCCCCCUGAAUCUUAAAAAAAUGUCUAAUAAGAAACAUUAUACAUUAAUUGAUAUAGGCACUAUUAUGUUUUUAAAUUAUGUUAGUAAGUAGCGUCUCCCUGCAGGAUAAUUGUGUUAAAAAGUAAAUGGUCUUGUGCCUUUUCUAAUUUGGGACUCCUGUAACUUUGACAUCUCAUGUAAAGGUAUAAAUGUAGUUACAGUGGGGAGAAAAUAGGUUGAUUAAACAUGUCUGGUUUUUAUUUUGUUUCAUUUUUAUUUAGCAAUGGGCCGGUUGACGUGAAACACUCCAUUCAUGCACGUUAACCCAAAUAACAAACGCGAUCAUAAUUGGUUGUUUUCUUAGUUGAACGUGGUAGGAAACAAUAGUUUAAAAGGAGCAGAAAAAAACAGAAAUAAAUGGAAAAAUCUAAAAAUAAAUGAGUACAAAAAUUAAGUUAUGUGCAAUUAUGUGGGAUGGUACAGUAUUGAACAUGACACAAGUAUUGAACAUGUUUGCUGAAAUGCAUUUAAUACUUAGUAUUUAUUUAUUCACUUGGUGUAUUGUUUAUGUAAUGUGUGAUAUAUACACUUUGAUCUUUAAUAAGUUCUGACCAGACAAUAUUCUCCCUGUAUUUAGCUGAUUUUCUCUGUCUAAAUGUUCUGCAGCAACCUUUAAGUGAGCUUUAACAUGAUUAUCUUCAGCAGUGGAGUCUUGCGCAGUUACACUCCAUAAAAUACAUUAAGUCUUUUUGUCACAAAACUAUAUCUGUUAAUUUCAAAGUUAUUCUGCAGCUUUCUGUAAAUGGUCUUUGGCUCUUGGACAACUGUGUCAGAAAUCUUGACCGGACCUACCCAUGUCAAUGCCAGGGCAGACUAGUGACAAGAUUUCAAAUCUCUCGACAUAAGAAAUGUCUUAUUUUUUAAAGUUGAAAACUUUAACCUCCUGCAAAAUGUUAUCUGUUUAUCAUGAUUUGUGAAUAAACGU